AAAUAUUUAUAUUGUAUUCCAAAUGGGUUGAGUGAGUUGUCCCAGACUCUUAAUCAAACUCUACUUGGCCCAAAAUCAGAGAAAACUUUAAAACAUUCUUCUGAUUGAGAUCGCCGUUUCUCCGGCGACUGCUUCAAAAAUGGGGGCAAGAAAGAUUUUUGCUUCUGCUUCGGCUCCCAUCGGAAAAGCAUUAUCGCCAUGUUCAUCUUCUUCACAAUCUGCUGCUCUUACGGGUAAGACCUCUGCUUCCUCCUCUCAUGCGCCUGCUACUUCCAAUACCAAGUCUUUUGUUCCAAACCCACAUUCCUUACACCAUUUUCUCACCAAAAGACGCAAGUGUGGUGUCCUUACUCUGGAUGAAGCACUGCACUUCUUCGAUUACAUGGUCCGCAUGCACCCAACUCCUCCCAUUUCAUCAUUCAAUCAUUUGUUUGGUGCACUUGCUAAGAUUAAGCACCAUCACCAUGUCAUUUCCUGUUAUUCAAAAUUGAAUUCGAUUAGCUUAUUCCCUGAUUUUAGAACUUUCAAUAUCUUGCUCAAUUGCUCUUGCUAUAUGGGUCGGAUUUCUGGUGGCUUUUUGGUGUUGGGAAAGAUUUUGAGGAGCGGUUAUAGCCCAGAUACUGUGACUUUCAAUGCUUUAAUUAGGGGGUUGUGUAUGAAACAGAAGAUUGGCGAAGCAACUGGUUUGUUUAGAAAGAUGACUGUGUUUGGCUGUCAACCAGAUGUAAUUACUUAUGGUACCAUUAUUGAUUGUCUCUGUAAGCAUGGUAUGGUUGAAAAGGCAAAACAACUUUUCUUGGAAAUGAAGAAUGGAGGAAUUUCUCCGAAUGUGAAUGCUUAUAAUUUACUGCUUCAUGGUUUUUGUUGUAUGGGAAAUUUGGAGGAGGCCAAAGCCUUCUUCAUUGAGAUGGUGGAAGUAGGAGUGCGACCUGAUGUGGUAACUUUCAAUGUUUUGAUAGAUGCAAUUUGCAAACAACGGAGGUUGCAAGAUGCAAAUCAAUUGUUAGAGUUGAUGAUACAAAGAGGUAUUCAUCCUAAUAUGAUAACUUAUACCACAUUGAUUGACGCAUUUUGUAAAGAAGGAAGAAUGGAAGAAGCAAAUGCAUUGUUAGACUUGAUGAUCCAGAGAGGUCAAUUUCCUGAUGUAGUUACUUAUACCACAAUGAUUGAUGCACUUUGCAAACAAGGGCAAAUACAAGAAGCAAUUGAAUUGUUAGACUUGAUGAUUCAGAGAGGUGAGUAUCCUAACAGUGUAACUUAUACCACGUUGAUUGAUUCGCUUUGCAAACAAGGGAUGAUACAAGAAGCAAUUGAAUUGUUAGACUUGAUGAUUCAGCGGGGUCAGCAUCCUAAUAGAGUAACUUAUAACACAUUGAUUGAUUUACUUUGCAAACAAAGAAGGAUGGAAGAAGCAAGUAAACUGGUGGAUUUGAUGAUUCAGCAAGGUCAGCAUCCUGACACUGUAACUUAUACCAUAUUGAUUCAUGCUCUUUGCAAAGCAAGGAGGAUGGAAGAAGCAAUGGCAUUGUUUGAGUUGAUGAUUCAGAGUGGUCAACAACCUAACACAAUUACUUAUAAUAUCAUGAUCAAAGGGCUUUGUAAAAAUGGGCAACUGGAGAAGGCAAAUGAUUUCUUAAGCAAAAUGGAGAAGAACGGUUGUGCUCCAAAUGUGGUGACAUUGAAUACGCUCAUUUCUUGUUUCUCCAAAAACAGUAAGGUCUCCAAAGCUGUGGAACUUCUUUGUGUAAUGGCAGAUAAAAAUUUAUGCCCUGAUGCAACAACCUUUUGCAUUGUCAUGAAUUUACUAUCAAACUUGAAGGAUAAAAAGCGUCAAGAAAUUCUGGACUUGCUGCCAACAUUUCCUGCCUGAGAUCAUUGAGAAACUAGAAAAUAGAAGCAGGCUGUGAUACACAUUGACGAUGUCAGCUUGUGUGGGAAGAAAUAUUGAAAGCUUGAAGUUACGACCAUUUCAUGACAACCAGGCAACUCUUAGCAAGCCUCAUGAUUAAAAUCGUCUUGGGAUGCUGCUACAGUGCUACCUGUAAUAUAUGGCUUCAAAGGAACAUAAGGCUUUGUAAUGCUUUUGCUUCAAUAGAGAGAAGCUGUUAUUUUGCUGUGAGAACUAAAAUAGGAGAAGUUUUUUGAAUGCUAGUAUCAAUGGACCAUUAUACUCGUGUUUAAAUAUUUUUAAGAUCUGCAUUGUUUCUGUUUUCUUUUUGUUUGCAGCCUCAUCUACUUCUAGCUGUCAAUUUUCCUACUUAAUUUGGUCUUCAAGCUACAGUUGGUUAGUUUUGAUAUGUAAUUUCUGUCCUUUUUCUUUCCAUUUCUCCUUCGAUCUGAUUUAUGUCUUGUUUCCCACUUUUCUAUAGCUCACAAGUCUUUUGAUGUGAAACAACGUAAGUUACUGAUUAAAGUUUGUAUGGCUAGUUUGUCCAAGGCAAAAUGGCAACUGAGUUGGUUCUCCAUCUCUUUUGCUUCCAUCAAAAUGUCAAUUGUUACAUGAACUGUAACUCUUAUCUCUGAUUCGGGCUUUUAAGGAGCAAUAGAGGAAAAUUUCCUGU